UUUGUACCAUUUUAACCCUACCUCCGGCUCCGACAAGAAUACUAAAAAACCAACUUGAACUACAUUACACCUCCGACUCCGGUAAAGCAAGCUCCAAAAUGGGAAACAUAUCAUCAAUCAGAAUAUUCCGUCGCCGAAUCAAAACUCCGGCAGCCGCCGAAAUUUUCCCAGAAGAAAUCAUCGCCGAAAUCCUGUCAAGACUCCCCGUCAAAUCCCUCUUGAAAUUCAGGUGCGUCUCGAAAUCAUGGCGCUCUCUAAUCUCCGACAAGCAUUUCAUCAAAUCCCAUCUCCAAAUUUCAAGAAAAGACACAAACUUUACCCGCCACUGGAUCAUCCAAACUUUUCUAUUUGAAAACCCGAUCCGAAAGCAGAGCCUCAAGCGCUGCUAUUUGCCGUCACUGUUUUCUGGGCUGUCGUCCGAUCCACUCGAAAUUGAUUUUCCGAUCGAAAAUUACAAAGGCGGAGUUUGGGUGGUGGACAGCUGUAAUGGGCUCGUCUGUAUAUCCAUUAACGAGGGACGGCAUUUUCUCCUGUGGAACCCAUCCACCAGAAAGUACAAGAAAUUGGCUGACGUGGACGACGACGAUGAUGAUAGGAUGAAGUUGAUCAUCAUUUAUGGAUUUGGUUUCGACGAGUCUAGCGACGACUACAAGGUUUUUUGCGGUUUCUCCAAUCGGGGUAGGGGCGGAACUAUUGCGAAAAUUUAUAGUUUGAGGACCGAUUCGUGGAAACGAAUCGAGUUCUUAGAGGAGGAUAAUCUUGGAUUGGAUGCUACCGGGAAAUUCGUGAGUGGGAAGCUUCAUUGGGGUAGAAGAAAUAACGGACCCGAUUAUUCUAAUUGGGAUGUUUUUUCGUUCGAUUUAGGAACUGGUGUAUGCGGAAAUGUGGCUCAACCACUGAGUUAUGUCGAGACCGGUUUUUCGCCUUCGUUGAGUGUGCUUGAUGGAUGCCUUUGUGUGCUUUAUAAUUCGCCUAGAACGAGCGUAGAUGUUUGGAUAAUGAAGGAGUAUGGAGUGAGUGAAUCUUGGGUUAGAAUAGUGACCGUACCAUAUAUGCACCUCCCGUUGUCGAAUCCAUCAAUUCAUACACCAUCGUUGUGUGUCGGACCGAAGGGCGAAAUCUUAUUCAAGUUAGGAUCGGAUUUCUUGAUUUACAGCCCGAACGAUAAUCGGUUUAGGUGUCCUAAGAUGAGGAGCUUCGGUGCCUUUCUUGAAGCCGGUGUUUACUGUGAAAGUUUAGUCUCGCUCGUGUAAUGAUGUUUUAUCAGUGCUUUAUGUAAAUGAGCCGAAGAAAACAUGUUUCGUUUCUGGUUAAUCUCUGUCUUAUGAGUAGGAGCGUAACUUGAUUCAAACAUGGCUUCUUGAUAUGAUUUGAUUUUGUGUCUGAAGAGCUGAUAAAAUACACACUACUAAUUAUGAAACGGAUGUUUACCGUUAAAGUUUAGUCUCGCUUGUCCAAAGGUGAACAAGAGUAGCCGAAACCGGAAAAAUUAUGAAACAAUUGUAGAUUGUGUUUUUUUGCC